UCCGGUGGAGAAUGGCACCGAUAAUGAGAAUGAGGAUGUGCACAGGCUUCCUGGGGAACUCGACAAGUCUGAACGCAAGACGCUGUUCAUUCUCAAGUCGACGCUCAACGCAGCCUUUCCGAACCAUGAGUUUUCUGGGCUUGGCGCAGACCAGUUCACGAGGGAGAAGAAUGGAAAGGCCGUUCUCAGCUCGUUAUCGAAUACAUUUAGGUCUGUAGGGGUUCCUUCCCCAUCUGAAAUGAAUGGAGGGAGAGGCGACUUUUUCACGCCGAGCAGUGUGCCCACUCGAAGCGAAGGCGUGGAUGCGCUCAAAGAGUUGGAACGACGGCACAAUAUGGGCGAGAAUGGUUCGGAGAUGAUGACGGCCACUCACCCUGUGCUGUUUAAUGUGCUGGAUGACGCGAUAGGGCUUCGACAAGACCAUUGCGAAGUCUAUGUAUGGACUCCACCGAAUCCGGAGACGGACCCACAUGGCGGAGGAGAUGAUGACAGCAGCGAUGGGGAGUGGCCGGAGGGGAGCA